AUGGCCGAGACCGUGGUGGUGGGAAAUGGCGGUCCCAUUCCUGAGGACAACAUCAUCAACCGCCGCGGCGGUGAGUCGAUAUAUCAGAGCUGUGUCAACCUCAAAAAACGCCUGACAGAGCUCCCGGAAUUCGAACAGCAUCUGCACGAGAUGGAGGAUGCCGAUCGAUUGCAGGCCAAUACAGAUCCCGUGGCCUCGCUAUGGACCUGCUUGCGGAAUGGAUACCCUCUCUUGACCAUCUACAAUGCCUCCGGCCCCGACGAAUAUCUCGAAAUCGAUCCCACAAAGGUCCCUGAGGCGAAACGCCCGAAAGCCGCCACCUUCAAGUUCCUGCAGGCUUCCCUCCAGGAGCUGGCCUUCCCCCAGCAAGACUGCUUCCUGAUCACCGAUCUGUACGGUGACAGCACCACAGGUUUCAUCAAGGUGAUCAAAAUGGUGAACCGUGUCUUGGAUAUUUUGGAAAUGCAGGGUCAGCUCAAGCGGCCAACCGAUUACUCCACCCACGCCCCGGAGAGAACGGUGAAGUUGACCAAACGAGAGCAUAUUCUCAAGGAGCUGCUGGAAACCGAGCGCGACUACGUUCACCAUCUGCAGAACCUCCAGGCCCUGAAGAAAGAAUUGGAAGAAACGGGGGCUUUGACCGGGGAUGCCAGCCACCAGAUUUUCUUGAACCUGAAUAACCUCCUGGAUUUUGCCCAGCGAUUCUUGAUUCGCAUCGAGCAACACUAUGCGCUGCCGGAGGAAAAGCAGAAUUGGGGAGAGCUGUUCAUUCAGCAUGAGGAAGCUUUUCGACAGUACGAGCCUUUUAUCGCGAACCAGAUGCGCUGUGAUGAGGUUUGCCUUCAAGAAUGGGAUAAGAUUCGGGCAGCUCCCCGCCCCCUUGACUUGAAGCAAAUGGUGGCUCAACCCGCAACGUUGAAUGGUUUCUUCGUCAAGCCUUUCCAACGGCUAACCAAGUACCCCUUGAUGUUAAGUGAGUUGCGCAAGCAGACAGAAGAUGUAGACCUUCAGACCGAUAUCACCCGCGCCAUCGAUUCGAUUCAGUCGGUCCUCGAUUCUGCGAACGAUGCAAUCGACAAAGAGCACCUGGCUACGGCAUUCACAGAACUGGACGAGCGAGUGGAUGAUUGGAAAACCCUCAAAAUCGACUCGUUUGGCAACCUGCUACGAUUUGGUACUUUUACAGUCUUAAAGGGCGACAACGGCAAGGAUUCAGAGAGAGAGUACCACAUCUACCUCUUCGAGCGUAUCCUUCUCUGCUGCAAGGAUAUCAAUCCGAACAAACAAAAAAACAAAUUGAUCCCGGGCAAGGACAAGCCUACUACCACAAUAAAGGGAAAGCCACGCCUCCAGCUGAAAGGUCGCAUUUACAUGGCCAAUGUAACGGACAUUGUUUGCCUUCAAAAGCCAGGCUCCUACCGCAUCCAAAUCUUCUGGAAAGGCGACCCUGGAGUGGUGGAUAACUUCAUCAUACGCUAUCAGAACGAGGAUGUCAUGCGUAAAUGGUCCAAGGACAUCGACACUCAGCGCGCGAUUCAAGCCGAGCAUCGGAGUACUCGAAGCACCGGCACGUCAGAAACGGAGUUCACCUACAUGAAAGGCAUGACGAACAUUCCAAACCCAUACCAGCAGGAAUACGAUGCCGAACAGGAAGCCUCCAAGGAUGCAGCAUACCUUUCGGAAUUUCCAAUGAGUCGAAACGCUUCCAGCACGAGUCUGCGGACCCGAUCGGCGACAGGGGGAAGUGGUAGCUCUGGCCCGCCACUGUCUGGGGGUCGUCCACCACGCUUCCCAUUGCCAGAACCGAAUCUCUCCGUGCAUACGCAGUUCCCCAGCGGUGGGAUGUCCCCUGCUGAGAGAAACGCGCCCUCAUACUUCUCACCCGUUACAGAGACGCCGUCGACUCGCUCGAGCUCACAGUCCACCGGAUUUUCUUACGGCCGGCAGACCUCGGCCACCUGGAGCGAAGACACCAAUCGGUACACUGCUCCUGCAUUGUCCCGGGGGGUAUCGAGAGACGGAUCCAAUUCGAAUCCCUAUUUUGCCAAUACCCCGCCAAAUGGACGCUCUUCUCAACGUCCCUCCUUGCCACCAAUGUCUCAAACACCCAAUGGCAUGGCGCAGCGGAUGCGAUCGGCGAGCAGUCCUGAUAUCCAUCAUCACAACUCCGAAGCCCGUCGAUACAUGGGUGCGCACACCAUGCAGACGGUCGACAACGUUCCCGUACCGCCGAUCCCGGCUCACAUGGCCAGCAUGAAGGCUCCGGUCAACCGGAGUCAGAAUAACUCGCCUACCAACAACAACCUCCCUAUCCGAAGCGCCAACCACCUUCCCAAUCCCCCCUCACAUCAUCAUCACGACCCGCGACAUGUGGCUGCGACGCAUUUUAACGAGCCCCAGUACUCCGAGUCGCGGAUCACCAACGGCUCGUCGGAUCAGCCUACUUCUCCCUUGAGUCACGAGCCAGCGGAGGACCCUCUUAUGCCCACUCAGCUCAAAGCCAAGGUGAACUUCGACGACAACUACGUCACGCUGGUGAUAGCCAGCAACAUCAUGUUCCGGUCGCUAACGGACCGGGUGGAUGCGAAACUGGCCCGGUUCACCAAUCGAUCCAUUGGCAACAAGUCGGUCCGACUGCGGUAUCGGGACGAGGAUGGGGACUUUGUGACGAUCGACAGCGACGAAGCCGUCCAGCUGGCAUUCAUGGAGUGGCGAGAGCAGCACCGUGACUCUCUUGCUCGUGGCCAAGUUGGGGAGAUCCAACUAUAUUGCCAAGCUGUUGAGAACUGA